CCGCCAGCUCCUGCUGCCCCGCCAGCCGCUCGGUGUCUCGGCAGCCCGGGGCCGGUGCCCUGGCCGCGGCCACCAUGUCGACCUCGUCCCUGCGGCGCCAGAUGAAGAACAUCGUGCACAACUACUCGGAGGCGGAGAUCAAGGUGCGCGAGGCCACGAGCAACGACCCCUGGGGCCCGUCCAGCUCGCUCAUGUCCGAGAUCGCCGACCUCACCUACAACGUGGUGGCCUUCUCGGAGAUCAUGAGCAUGAUCUGGAAGCGGCUCAACGACCACGGCAAGAACUGGCGGCACGUGUACAAGGCCAUGACGCUGAUGGAGUACCUCAUCAAGACGGGCUCGGAGCGGGUGUCCCAGCAGUGCAAGGAGAACAUGUACGCUGUGCAGACGCUCAAGGACUUCCAGUACGUGGACCGCGACGGCAAGGACCAGGGCGUGAACGUGCGUGAGAAAGCCAAGCAGCUGGUGGCCUUGCUGCGUGAUGAAGACCGCCUCCGGGAGGAGCGUGCCCAUGCGCUCAAGACCAAGGAGAAGCUGGCACAGACGGCCACAGCCUCGUCGGCCGCCGUGGGCUCCGGGCCCCCGCCCGAGGCGGAGCAGGCCUGGCCGCAGAGCAGCGGGGAGGAGGAGCUGCAGCUGCAGCUGGCCCUGGCCAUGAGCAAGGAGGAGGCCGACCAGCCCCCGUCCUGUGUGCCCGAGGACGACGUCCAGCUCCAGCUGGCCCUUAGUUUGAGCCGAGAGGAGCACGAUAAGGAGGAGCGCAUCCGGCGUGGGGAUGACCUGAGGCUGCAGAUGGCGAUCGAGGAGAGCAAGCGGGAGACCGGGGGCCAGGAGGAGUCGUCCCUGAUGGACCUCGCCGACGUCUUCACGGCCCCGGCUCCUCCAGUGGCUGCUGACCCCUGGGGGGCCCCUGCCAUGCCCACAGCCGCCCCCGCCUCAGACCCCUGGGGGGGACCUGCUGUCCCUCCCGCUGCUGACCCCUGGGGUGGCUCUGCCCCCACGCCGGCCGCUGGGGACCCCUGGAGGCCUGCCGCCCCUGCAGGGCCCUCCGCUGACCCUUGGGGAGGGACCCCCACACCAGCGGCUGGAGAGGGCCCUACGCCUGACCCAUGGGGAAGUGCCGCUGGUGGGGCCACAGUCAGUGGACCCCCGGCAUCAGACCCCUGGACACCGGCCCCUGCCUUCUCAGACCCUUGGGGGGGUUCGCCUGCCAAGCCCAGCACCAAUGGCACUGCAGUGGCUGGGGGUUUCGACACGGAGCCCGACGAGUUCUCUGACUUCGACCGGCUCCGCACUGCCUUGCCAACCUCAGGGAGCAGCACGGGGGAGCUGGAGCUGUUGGCAGGAGAGGUGCCCGCCCGCAGCCCUGGGGCGUUCGACUUGAGUGGGGUUGGGGGGUCUUUGGCUGAGGCUGUGGGGAGUCCCCCGCCUGCAGCCACCCCCACGCCCCCCACACGGAAGACGCCAGAGUCAUUCCUGGGGCCCAACGCUGCCCUUGUGGACCUGGACUCGCUGGUGAGCCGGCCGGGCCCCGCCCCGCCAGGAACCAAGGCCUCCAACCCCUUCCUGCCGAGCGGAGCCUCAGGCACUGGUCCCUCGGUCACCAACCCCUUCCAGCCAGCACCCCCUGCGACGCUCACCCUGAACCAGCUGCGCCUCAGCCCUGUGCCCCCUGUUCCUGGAGCCCCACCCACCUACACCUCUCCCCUCGGUGGGGGCCCCGGCCUGCCCCCCAUGAUGCCCCCAGGUGCCCCGGCUCCCAACACUAACCCCUUCCUUCUAUAAUCCAGGGCAGGAGGGGGACCUGGCACGCCCCCGUCACUGCUCCCUGGGAAAUCAGUGUUGUGAGUGCAUGUGAAACGGGGGACACCCACCCCAGAGCCCUUCCCCUCCUGGGGCCACUCACACUACACUCUCUUCCUAUAUUCCCCAACCCACCUCCCCUGAGAUAAACUGGACAUGGGGGGCGGGAGAGGGGAGCUGGCCUGAGGAGGACCCCUUUCCCAUGGCAUUAGAUGGGGAGGACAGCUGGGGUCCCCCACCAUCCCUUUCUUCCUGGACCCAGCCCCCCCAAUCAGUGUUUGAGCCCCCCCACUGUCCUGUGCACCCCUCGGUGAAUCCUUGGUGAUGAUUUUGGCAACUUCCGGAAUAAACAACGAUUCCCAUGGGCCUGGCUCCCCAGGACCCCAUCCAGGA